AAAACCAACGAGUCAACCGGAAACACGCGACCUGUGUGUUUGCUCUAACUGUGAACCCAACAGUACUCUCUGGCUGUCUACAUGUCUAAACUGGCCAAAGCAAUGUCCAAGUUCCGUCUGGCUGUGAUCCAGCUGCAGGUGACAAGUGUCAAGGCGGACAACCUGAGCAGAGCUCGCAGGCUGGUGAAGGAGGCUGCGGACCAAGGCAGCAAAGUGGUGCUGCUGCCGGAAUUCUUCAAUUCUCCAUAUGGACCCAGCUUCUUCUCUGCAUAUGCAGAGAGGAUCCCAGGAGAAUCCACACAGAUGCUGUCAGAUGCAGCAAAGGAGCAUAAGGUGUAUCUGGUGGGAGGAUCUAUCCCUGAAGAGGACGGUGGGAAGUUGUACAACAGCUGUCCAGUGUUUGGUCCUGAUGGAGACAUGAUUCUUAAACACAGGAAGAUUCACCUCUUCGACAUUGAUGUUCCUGGAAAAAUCCGCUUCCAGGAGUCAGAGUCACUGAGUCCAGGCAACAGUUUGUCAAUGUUUGAAACGCCAUUCUGCAAAGUGGGUGUGGGGAUUUGCUACGACAUGAGGUUUGCAGAGCUCGCACAGCUCUAUGCCAGAAAAGGCUGUCAGCUGCUGGUCUACCCUGGAGCCUUCAACUUGACGACCGGUCCAGCCCACUGGGAGCUCCUCCAGAGGGGAAGAGCUGUUGAUAACCAGGUGUAUGUGGCCACAGCGUCACCUGCCAGAGAUGAAACGGCUUCAUAUGUCGCCUGGGGUCACAGCAGUGUUGUAAACCCAUGGGGAGAAGUUGUCUCCAAGGCUGGAGCAGAGGAGGCCGUCAUUUAUGCUGAUAUCGCCCUGCAGUAUUUGGCUGACAUCCGGCAGCAGCUCCCAAUCACAGCUCAGCGUAGAAAUGACCUCUACACUGUGACAUCUGUGCAGGAAGGAUAAAGCUGAAUACUGACUUCAGGAACCAAGAGGUGAAGGUACAGCACAAAUGCUGCAGCACAAGAUUCGGAACCGUGGAAAUGAGAAUCAUUUGGGACUGUGUCACUGAUUGACUCAUGAUUUGAGCUCAGUACUGCGACUUACUUUUAAGCAUGAAACUGUGAUUACUUGUGUAACAUCUGGUGCAGAAACUAACCAAUUGGUAGAAAACCAGUGAGAGUUUGGUGAGCAUUUAUCAUUUCUAGGUUCCAGUUGUGAACCUCUUUUAAUUUGUUUCACAUUAUUGUUGUUGGUUAUUGUUAUUUGGUGACUCAAUUCUCUGGGAAAGAGAUGGUUUGGUAAAUGAAAAUCUCUAAUGUCAGUAUCAAAAAGGUCAAGCUGUUCUUACUGAGAUCAUAUUAAUUUCUCUAGAUUGUUAAUUGUAGUUUCAGAGAUUUAAAACAUAAAACAUUAUUUACUGGCAUAUUUUAUGUUAUAGUGGAAAGAUAUUAACAGAACCAUGAGGUGAAAUCAAACUGCCCCAGGCGUGGGUUUGGGAAUCUUUAUUAACUUGUGCCACACAACAGCCCCUCCCUGUGGGAACAUACAACCAUUAGUGUCUCACAAAGUGAAAUGGUAAAAUCACAACUGAGUAUAUCAAAACCCCACCACUCAUAUUAAAUAUGUAAGUGGUAAACCCAGUGGUGACAACAAAUAGCUGUUUACAGAUCAGUUAAUGAGUGUUCACUGAGUCCAGACUUUACAGAUCAGACUCCGGUGGCUCAGUCUUCAUAUCUGUUUCCUCCACAUGCAGACGUCGUCUCCUGUACCCUAAAGACAAGUAGAGUGAUAGAACAAGGUCUUCAGUGAUCACAAAAGUACUUGUUACACUUUUGCAAAAUUUAUACAAGAAAAACCACAUCGGUAUCUUUAUUUUGCUCAGUGAUGUCACACCAAGUGUGAGCAGAGUUUUGUAUAGUUUGUUGAAAUUAUGCUUUACAGAACAGUGAUCGCUAUGGGGUGAAUUAAGGAUGGAAAGUACGGCACUUGUUAUUUUGCAGUUUCUAGUCCAUUACUAAAGCUCAAGGCAGUGGUUUCCAACCUAGGAGCAGAGCCCUGCUAAUGGACUCCAAAAAAAUGAAGGGUUAUCAGAUCCAGUGUUUACACAGAAUAGUGUAAACUCUGUCAGUUUUCUCCAUUUUUACUUUUUUUCCUUGUAUAUUACCUGAAAAUCUCACCUCUUCAGGGAGUGAAAGAACGAAUAUGGUUGAACUGCCUGUAAUUCAUAUCCAUAACAAGGCAUCAUAAUUACAUAUACACCGAUCAGCCAUAACAUUAUGACCACGUGCCCAAUACUGUUUACAUAGGAGUCAAUGUGGCAGUUGG